GCCCCCGAGACCAUUAUCGACCGCGAUCUGAGCAAACACAUCCAUUACAGCUACAAAUCACUGCUCAGGAUCAGCUCGAGGUGCGCAUCAUCACAAGUCCUCUGCAGCUGGAUGAAAUAUCGUUUCAAGACAUAACCACCAGCCACGUUUCCAAAACAAGCCAAACUGCUUCAGUGAACAACUCACGUGUGGAAGAUAUGAGCGGCGCCAUCUUGAAAAUCAGCAGACCUGAAGAGUCUACCACAGGUGAAGAUGCACCAGGGUACCACAGAACAGUACAGAUGAACAAGAAACUCAAGGGAAGAAAUCUGGUUUUGUUUUUUGUGACCUCCUGCCUUGAGCGGAGGGCGACAAACAUGUACCUAAGUAUGCUGUGGAGUCUGUUGGCCGUGACGGUGGUUUCAGCUGCUGUCCUGUAUGUCCUCUAUCACUGGCUCAUCCCUACAGCUGUGCAGAGCAGCGGCUGGCUGGCACUUCUCUGGCACGAUGUCAUUCAUGAGCGGCUCCUUGACAUCAUGACGGGAACAUCGCGACCUCAGCGCAUGCUGAAAGCCAUUCAGAAGAAUGCUACAAAAGGAGACCCUCAGAGCAUCAUCUCAGCCAUCGACUAUUACUGUCGACACAAAGAAUGGGCCAUGAACGUGGGCGAUGAUAAAGGGCUCAUACUGGAUUCAGUGUUGAUGGAGGUAAACCCCAGCACGGUUCUAGAGCUCGGCACGUACUGCGGCUACUCCACCGUUCGGAUCGCUCGACUGAUGUCCCCUGGCUCCAAACUCAUUACAGUCGAAUUCAACCCAGCCUUUGCUGAAGUUGCUCGUCAGAUCAUCGCCUACGCGGGCCUUCAGGACAAGGUUACUCUAGUGGAGGGAUCCUCUGGUGAUUUAAUCCCCAAGAUGAAGGAACGAUUUGGGAUAAAAUACUUUGAUUUCGUGUUUCUGGACCACUGGAAAGAUAGUUAUGCACCAGAUACUAAACUUCUUGAGGACUGUGGUCUACUGAAAAAAGGCACUGUCCUGUUGGCCGACAAUGUCAUUUGUCCUGGAGCCCCGGAAUACUUGAAAUAUGUGAGGAACAGCCCACGCUAUGAAAGCCGAUACUACAAGUCCAACCUGGAAUACACCAAAGCAGAAGAUGGCCUGGAGAAAUCAGUCUUCUUAGGAUGAGAAAGAAUGAACGAAUAAUAAUGUAAAUCAGGAACGGCCAAGGGAAAAAGAACAUUGACAUUGUAUUGUUUGAUAAAGCUAAGAAAUACAAUUGCUUAAAAAUUCAUGUUGUUUUCCUAAUCUAAAAAUUCACAAUGUAUUUUUUUUUUUUCGGCAGUAUUUUUUCUUGUUUUUCCAUUACAAAUAUUUUUAAUUAAGAUAAAUUUACUUAGAAGCAAAAUGACAGCAAAUAUUUAGUCCUAUUUUCAGAAAAAUGUAUACAAAUUUAGUUUUUGCUUAAAAUAAGAAAUGACUGGCAUUGUUAAUAACACUUUUUUUUUAUUUUUCCAUAUAAUUAUGACAAAUUUUUCAGAAAACAAGACUUAAAGGUACAUUUUGUAAGAUAUUUGCAGUAAAAUAUCCCAAAACCACUAGGCUAGUGUUAUAUAUUUUGUCCAGCUGAUUACUAACAAUAUCUCUAAUGUUUUCAACUACUUGUAAAUCAUGAGAAAAUCCAUAUUUUAAACAGUAACAUGGGGCAGUGCAGUCCCCUGUCAAUGACGUGGUUACCCUUUGUUACCACCUUUACUGACGUAGAAACCACAUGACAACAGUGUCAUGGACCAAUGCGGAAGUAGCGUCACGAGUCGCGACAAACUUAAACUAAAAAGAGAUGCCGAUCUCGCUUGUGUUUUACUCGACAGGUGAGUUGUUUUGAUUCGUAUCUUUUGAAUAUCGUUGAAAAUCGAAAAUCCAUGAUUUAUCUUUCCGUCUGAUUGAUGGCCGUCAGCGGUUGGGUAGAAGACGACAAAUACCAUCAUUCCAAUAUCCUUCUUAGCGUCAUCAAACCACGGGUUUGUUAUUGUUUGGGUAGUGCGCCCUCUAGUGGCAGGUCCUACAACCUGUACCUUUAAGUCAGUUUUAUUCCAAGUAAACAUCUUGUUUUAGAAUUUAUAGAUUUUUCCUGGAAAACGAGAAAAAAAUAAUACUUAAGAAGUGUAUAUAUUGGUAUUGUAUUAAUUAAAUAAAACACAAUUUGAAUUUCAA